AUGUCAGAGCCGGAUGUAAUCAAACCUGAGAUGAUGAAGUCUUAUAUAUGGCUUCAAACUGCUGAUGGGUCGAUUCAACAAGUGGAACAAGAGGUUGCUAUAUUUUGUCCUUUGAUAUGUCAUGAGAUACAUGCAGGCAUGGGAUCUUCAAAAACAUACCCAAUCUCUCUUCCAGCACGAGUAAAUCCUGUCACAUUAAGUUUAAUCCUUGAUUAUUGCCGAUUCCAUCAAGUACCAGGCCGCUCAAAUAAGGAGCGGAAGUCAUUUGAUGAGAAGUUCAUUCGGAUGGACACAAAUCGGCUAUGUGAGUUAACAUCUGCUGCUGACAGCCUACAAUUAAAGCCAUUAGUUGAUCUUACAAGUCGGGCACUUGCAAGAAUGAUUGAAGGAAAAACUCCUGAAGAAAUCCGUGAAACUUUUCAUAUACCCGAUGAUCUUACAGAGGAAGAAAAGUUAGAGCCUUUGAAAAAUAUAACUGAUGAUCCUCGGAUACGAUUAUUGAAUCGACUUUAUGCACGAAAGAGGAAAGAACUAAAAGAAAAAGAGAAACUUAAGAAUGUUGAGGUGGAAGCGGAGCAUGUAGAUGAUCGAUCAGUUGAUGAACUUUUGUCAUUUAUAAAUGGAGAAAAUGGAGAGUCAAAAGAAGUAAAAACAGCAAAGAGCAAAAAGAAAAACCGAAGAAGAAAGGAGCAACAUAAGAAUAAUGCUUCUGUAUGCGCUAUUUCAGAUGCUUCAUCUACAGACAAUGCCACCAAGGAAUCAAAUGGUAUUGGUUCUGUGGGGCAUGAUGAUGAUAAUAGGGUGAAAAGUCGUUGUCUACCCAAUAUCAACGAGCUUUUAAAGUUGCAAGAUUCAGAAGAUGAUAGAUUUGGACUUGAUGAUGAAUUUGAUGAUUGUGAUAUAGGAGAUGGGAUAGAUCCUGAAAUAAAAGAGCAAAUUGACAGAGAAGUGGAGGACUUUGCACGAAGGUUGAAUUCUGAUUGGCCAGAGAGAGUGCAAGAGCUUCUAUCUCUAGGCCAAGAACGGAGGCCAAGUUUAUAUUCUGUUUCUGUUAAUGGAAAUGGAAAUGGUUGCUCAGCAAAAUUCUCAAAUUCAACAAGGCUGGAGAUGGAGAAGCAUGAGAAGUGAUGAGAGGAGAGGAGGGAGACUCAGAUUUUGACCUUAAAGAAAGAAAGAAAGAAAAAAAAAAAAAAGAGUAGAAAUGUACGGAUGGAUGGAUGCCAUGGGAAUUGGGAUUAUUCUCAAGUGUAAACCACCUCACCUCACCUCACCAGUCACCUCUAAUGACGUUUCUUUGUGAAAACCCAAAUGAUGCAUGCAUGCAAUUUUGAUUUGUUUUUUUUUUUUUUGGUUGG